AUGAUGCAUCAAAAUGUGUCUAUUCUUAUAUUUAUACUAGGUGGGCUGUGUUUGUCAGUAUGUGCAAAGGAAUCAUCUAGUAAAGGCUACAUGACAAAAAUUGUAAUGAACACAUUAGAUGCAUUACAGUAUCUUAAGAAAAGUAUGUGCGAUAAAAUAAUCGGAAGGAUCAUAGAUCUGUUGAUCGAACUGAUAAGAGUGUUUCUGGAAUGA